AUGAAGAAGGUCUUGCUGCUGGCACUGCUGCUGCUGAACAUACAUCCAGGUGCAUCAACACCCAAAGGUGUCACUGCCAGCCUUAAAGCCAAAUGGAGCAUGACACCUUUCCUUCUGGAGACAAGUGAGUUUGUUGGAGAAGAUGGGAAUGAUAAAUUCUGGCAGUUUGUUGAAACGGUGAAAGAACUCACCGUUUACAAGCAGGGAGAAUCUGUCCGCUCGUAUUACAACUUGAUCAUCAAGAAGGCGGGCCAGUUCCUCACAGAUCUUCAAGUGCAUCUCCUGAGAUUUGCUCUGUCCAUGAGGUCCUACUCACCAGCUGUUCACGCAGCCCAGCAGAUAGCCAGUGAUGAGCCUCCGCCUGUUGCGUGUCCUGCCUUCGUCUCUGUCCAUGGUGAACACAGCUGCAGCACCAAGGACAUCAAGAAGCUUCUUAAAGCUGCUGCAGGCAGGCCUAAACCGUACUUGUACAAGAAUGAUCACACGUAUCCAGGAGUGAAUCAAACGGACGUACCAGUUGUGAUCCUGUAUGCUGAAAUUGGAACCAAGAAAUUCAGCUCUUUUCAUAAGGUGCUGUCAGAGAAGGCAGAGGAGGGUGUUCUUAUUUAUGUCCUGCGGCACUUUGUAGCGGAUCCAAAGCCUCAGAAGGUGCUUUUGUCUGGGUAUGGUGUAGAGUUGGCUAUCAAAAGCACAGAAUACAAAGCUGUGGAUGACACCAAAGUAAAAGAUUCAAAAACUGUACUCACUGCUGAGGAUGAUGAUGAUGAAGUGCAAGGAUUCGUUUUUGCAAAACUAAAAAAAUCCCAUCCUGAGCUUCAGGAGGAACUUGGUGAGCUCCGAAAACAUCUCCUGGAGAGCACCAGUGACAUGGCCCCUCUUAAAGUGUGGGAAAUGCAAGAUUCAGAUGGGAUGACUUCGGUGACCAUGUGGAUUGUUGGAGACUUGGAGAAGGUUUCAGGAAGGAAGCUGUUGCUUGAUGCCCUCAAACAUGUUAAGUCCAGUCCUGGUGUGCGUAUUGGGGUGAUAAAUAACCCCAGCGGAAAGCCCCGUGAAGAUAACACCAUGGUGUACCGGGCUGUCUGGGCCUCUCUCCUCACCCAGAAGAAUAAGGCAGCAGCAGAAUUUGUGCUAAAACUUCUAAAAGAAGAGAGCAGCCAACUCCUCCAGCAGGGGACUAAAAUGAAGGAUUUACUGAUGCAGGGCAUGGAUGUGGAUGCCUUUGAGAAAAAAUUCAACACGUUGGAAGUGGAUUUUAUCCUUAGUCAGCAGCUGUUCUGUCGAGACGUCCUGAAGCUUCGUCCUGGACUGCGGGCAGUAAUCAGCAAUGGCAGAAUCCUUGGUCCGUUUGAAGAACAGGACGAAUUCACUGUGGAGGAUUUCCACUUGCUUCAGAGGAUUACACUGGGUGGUUCAGCAGAAAAAGUCAAAGCCAACGUAAAACAGAUGGGGAUGAAACCAAAGCAUGCCAGUGACUUAGUCAUGAAAGUUGAUGCCCUCCUUGCUGCAGCCCCCAAAGGAGAAGUCAGAAGAGAUGUCCAAUUCAAAGAUACUCACAGUGUGCUCCACCUCUCACCACGUGAAAAUGAGGUGUUCUACGAUGUUGUCGCCAUUGUUGACCCCCUCACCAGAGUGGCACAGAAGAUUUCCUCCCUGCUGAUUGUGCUUACUCAAGUGGUCAACGCGAGACUGCAGGUGUUUAUGAACUGCAGAGCCAAGUUGUCCGAGAUGCCCCUCAAGAGUUUUUAUCGUUUUGUUUUGGAGCCCGACGUGACUUUCUUGGCGAAUGAGACAGUGUCUUCAGGCCCAGUUGCUCGUUUCAUGGAGCUCCCAGAAUCUCCACUUCUCACCCUUAAUAUGAUCACACCAGAGAGCUGGAUGGUGCAGGCAGUAAGCAGCCCCCAUGAUUUGGACAACAUCCACUUGCAGGAGGUGAACGGGGUCGUGGCAGCAGAAUUUGAAUUGGAGCACCUUUUGCUGGAGGGCCACUGCUUUGACCUGUCAACUGGUCAGCCUCCUCGUGGACUACAGUUUACCCUGGGCUCGAGUCGAGACCUGCUCAUGUAUGACACUAUUGUCAUGGCUAACCUGGGGUAUUUUCAACUGAAGGCCAACCCUGGUGCAUGGAUCCUAAGAUUACGUAAAGGCAGAUCAGAAGAAAUCUAUCAAAUUCUUACGCAUGAUGGGACUGAUUCCCCUGCUGAUGCUGGCGAUGUUGUAGUUGUGCUAAACAGCUUCCAUAGUAAGAUCAUCAAAGUCAGGGUGCAGAAAAAAACGGAGAAAAUCAAUGAAGAUCUUUUAAGUGAAACUAGUGAAAGCAAAGGCAUUUGGGACUCCAUUGUAAGUGUUUGGAGCACUUUUGAGAAAAGCAUCACGGGGGGCGGCUCAAAGAAAGAUGAUGGGGAGAAGAAAAAGGAGGACGUCCUUAACAUCUUUUCUGUGGCCUCUGGUCAUCUGUAUGAACGUUUUCUCAGAAUAAUGAUGCUGUCUGUCCUACGGCACACAAACACACCUGUCAAAUUCUGGUUCCUCAAGAAUUACCUGUCCCCUUCAUUUAAAGAGACCAUCUCCCACAUGGCCCAGUCGUACGGCUUUCAGUACGAGUUAGUGCAGUACAAGUGGCCCCGCUGGCUCCACCAGCAGACGGAGAAGCAGCGGAUCAUCUGGGGAUACAAGAUCCUCUUCCUGGACGUGCUGUUCCCACUGGCUGUGGACAAGAUCAUUUUUGUGGACGCUGACCAGAUAGUUCGGGCUGAUUUGAAAGAGCUGAAGGAUUUGGACUUGGAGGGGGCUCCUUAUGGCUACACACCGUUUUGUGACAGCCGCAGGGAGAUGGAAGGCUAUCGCUUCUGGAAAACCGGCUACUGGGCCUCUCAUCUCGGACACAGGAAAUAUCACAUCAGCGCUCUGUAUAUAGUAGAUUUAAAGAAAUUCCGUAAAAUUGCAGCUGGAGACAGAUUGCGGGGUCAGUACCAAGCUUUGAGCCAAGACCCGAACAGUCUGUCAAACCUGGACCAGGAUCUUCCUAACAACAUGAUCCACCAGGUGGCCAUCAAGUCUCUCCCUCAGGAGUGGCUGUGGUGUGAGACGUGGUGUGAUGAUGCCUCCAAAGUCACAGCUAAAACCAUAGACUUGUGUAAUAACCCAAAGACCAAAGAGCCCAAGCUGACGGCAGCGGCGAGGAUCGUGCCCGAGUGGGUCGAAUAUGACAACGAGAUUAAAGAGCUGCUCGGGCAAAUCCAGAAAGUGGGAGACACGGCAACAAAAAAACAGACGCUACCUCCCUCACAACACGAAAAAGCAGACAAGCGGCGCGAUGAACUUUAAAGCCUGCCAGAAUCAUGCUGAAGGGGGAGGCAGCACCUUUUGCACACAGGCCACCUGUGAAGCUUGAAGACAGACAGUUCCAGCUAAACAUAGCCAUGAAGUGUUAUAUCCUCAGCCGGAGGAAGAGGAUGUGAUAUUUUCAGAUCUCUGCUUCGGCAGUCAGUAACAUCUCACCAGAUCAGCACAUGAAUUAAUUGUUAACUAGCAGGCGAGAAAACUUGUGGCGUGCUCCGAGCUCUCAAGUCAGAUUAGGGAGUUAAAGGAGAAUUAGGAAAACAGAAAAAGAUACAUCAAAGCACUACAUAUGAGGAUGAACAGUUGUAUUGUUCAUGAGAAGGCACACUUUAAACGAUCUGAUCCAACUCGUUGUUUCAGUUUGUAAAACUCCGUAUGGUUCAUUUUAAGCAUUUUAUUUUAAUUUAUACUAGAGGU